AUGGGUGGCAGUAUUGAUUCUUCAUCUUCAUCAAGUGGAGGUUCUGGUUAUUACAGUUAUGAUAUCACUAACGAUUAUUAUGGGACCAGCCGGAAUGCGUCUGCCAUAUCUGGGAAUGAUAAUCAGGGUGGCGAUGUGGUUUUCAAGUACUUACGUACGAGAAACCAUACUUCCAAUAGUCAGCAGCCAAAGAGAAGUGUCCUUGUUGCCUCUGCAGCCAAAGUUGAUUAUAAUCGUGAUAAUAGUAGUGUUUGGUCUGCUAUUGGAUUAUCUGGAGAAGCCAGUAAUCUGCAAAAGAAUCUCCAAAGUAUUGCCGCCUCCACGAACACAAGUACCUUGGCCGGCUUGAAUACUAUACUGCGAGAGACAACAAGGGCACUUCUCUUUGGUGCUGACUAUUGGAAGUAUGGUUUCUCGUAUGUGGACCAAAAGUUUGUCGAUGCCGAUGCGGAAAAUCGUUUCCAAGAACUUUCAAUUCGAGAAAGAACAAAAGUUGAUUUUGAAUCUGUCGUCAAUGUCAAUAAUGCCAAAUAUCAAGUUCCUGUCGUUCCUGCAGAGUUUGAAGAUCUUGGCCAAAAAUUUAUUGUGGUAACUAUCCUUCUGGCUCUUCAAGGAUCCCUUAAACUUCCGGUCAUAGAGGACAAUCAGAGCAUGAAGGAGGCAUUGGAAUAUAUGAGGUCAAUAGAAAUCAGAGAACGAGAGGACCUCAAACUGCCACGUAAAACUGCCUCAACCCCAGAACAGAUUUGCAUUGGAAAGUGGGAAUGUAUAUACAUACAUAAUGUAUUGGUAAGUGGGAAUGUACAUGCAUACAUUAGUGUCAACCUUGGUGGAAGUAUUUCUCUUGGAACUGGGAUUUUACAAGCCGCGAAAAUGUAA